ACCAUGCCCAAGAGAAAGGCUGAAGGGGAUGCUAAAGGAGAUAAAGCCAAGGUGAAGGACGAACCACAGAGAAGAUCCGUGAGGUUGUCUGCUAAACCUGCUCCUCCAAAGCCAGAGCCCAAGCCUAAAAAGGCCCCUGCAAAGAAAGGAGAGAAGGUACCCAAAGGGAAAAAGGGAAAAGCUGAUGCUGGCAAGGAGGGGAAUAACCCUGCAGAAAAUGGAGAUGCCAAAACAGACCAGGCACAGAAAGCUGAAAGUGCUGGAGAUGCCAAGUGAA